UGACGUAGUAUCUCUUAUGCGGGAUUGCGCGCUCGGCAGGACUCGUAUGGGUACGGAAAGUCAGAGCAGGGGAUUUGUGGAUCACUUGUCCGAGAUCACGAUAAUAUAGACAUGUCGGGGGAUAACGAAGAAACACAUACGGCCGAGGAGACAUCGAUGGACGAGAAGGAGAUUCAGGACAAGGUGAUCAGUCCUGAGAAGGCUGAAGAGGCCAAACUGAAGUCCAGAUACCCAAAUUUAGGAAACAAACCUGGGGGCUCUGAUCUGCUUCGCAAACGCCUCCAGAAGGGGCAAAAGUACUUUGACUCUGGCGACUACAACAUGGCUAAAGCGAAGAUAAAGAACAAGCAAUUGCCCACAGCUGCACCAGAGAAGACCGAGAUCACAGGGGACCACAUUCCCACCCCCCAGGACCUGCCCCAGAGGAAACCUUCUCUGGUGGCUAGUAAACUGGCAGGCUGAUGCAAGCACAGCCUCGACAGCCCCUGCAGCACCCUCCAGCCCUAACCCCUCCCCACUCAAGUCUCAGAGCUGUAACAUUACCUCCCUCAAACCCUCACACUACCAUCUGUCCCCUGCCUCUGUCCUUUCCCCACCAACCUGGACCCCACCCAACAGGAACCCAUACCUAGCACCCAGCAUACUGGCUAGCUGGUACCUUCAAAUCCUGUCUAUUUUUGCCCCCCCCCAUCUUGCCCUGUCUCUACUACCUCCUAUCCUUGUUUUUGUUCCUCACUAUCCCCUCAAACUGACUGCCCUUCUGUCUGUGUCCUCUUAUAUUUCCAUGUUCCUUUUUAUUUUAUCUUUACUUCCAUGUAAGAUACGUUGAAAGACAGGACAUCCAAGCGUGAGUGUGAUGAGCGGACUCUGCGCGACUGAUACCAGUGUUUACUGGCUGAUGAGAGGGGCGAGCAGCACAAGCUGUGUCUUGUAUGGUUGGAGGGCUUUAGUAUGGUUCAUCAGGAUCCCUCAGUUUGGAAGUGUGUGUAUAUAUAUAUAUUUCCUUUUGUUUGGCACAGGGGCAGAUGUCAGCCUUUUAUAGCAUUUUACAUCAGAUUUGUAUCAUUCACUGUAUGUCCUCAUUCUAAAUUAUGCUGUCAAUAUGCUUGAGCGAUUGACUGAAUAUAGUAAUCCAGCGGCCAAGCUCAGUUUUGUUAACACUUUGAUUGUGACCCAUGGUGUGUGGGGGGGGGGAGCCGUACUGAAGGACCACUCAGUGAAGGCCAGAGUGUCAUAUAAAAGUGCAUGUGUGACGCAGAGAUCCCAAAGCUGAAACUCACUGAGCUCCAAUUUUUACACAAUUUACACUAAUGCCGAAAAGCUCAAGUGCAGCAUACAAGCACUGGGUGGCAUGUAGAUGGUGCAUUCAAGAAACAUUUAAUCUAGGAAAAUGAUCUACUUUAAAGAGUGAAAAAGGAGGGGGGAUGGUGUUGUUGCUUCAGUUUGAACUGCAAUGUUGAAAGUUUGCACUGUAUCUUUGGUGUGCCAUGCAUUUCAGCCUCAGAUGACGACUCAGUGACCCUCCUCAGGCCAAAGUUUCUAGUUCCAAGUUGUCAUGAAUGAAUCAUCAAUGCUCAAAGAGGGUUAGAGGAGUAUAUGGAACCUCAAAGCUAAAUUCCUGUCAGUAGGGACCAGUAUUUGUGUCCUUUAUGCUGUGUGAGUAGACUAAAUUUAUGGUAAAAAAAAAAACAAACAAACAAUGAAGUGGGAGCAGCUCUUGGCACAGGGAAUAAAUAGUGUUAUGAAUUGUAUUCAGACUUGAGAAAUAAACUUCUAUACUCAUAAGUUGAAGUAGAUUUAUCUUAAAAAUUUCCUCGGUCUGGUAAAGUGCUUUUCCGGGGUGCUUACUGACUGGAUCAAAUUUACCUACAAUGUGGUAAAUCUAAGCUAGCACUACAUCUGUUUGAGCUGUGCAUGUAUAUGGCUGCCCUACUGUCACUUUGUGCCAUUUUGUUUGUAAAUAAAAUAGUUUUGCACAAAUGUUUAA